CUCAAGAACACGAUCUACAACAUGCGCCAUAAAGACGACAUCAAGACAGCAGCUGUAGAUCAGAAUCAAAAGACAGCCACAGGACCAUCGAUAAUGUCCGAUAGUUCGUUCCAGCAACAGAUCCAGUCCCUCCAGUCUCAGAUGAAGGAUGGCCUGGUGCUCGGGAGUGGGACGAGUGAUGAGUGCUCGGGUAGUGAGGCCGAUGAACAAAAGUUCCUCAAGAGUCGCAGGGCCAGUAUUGCGUCGUCUGGACACAACAUGACUGAAGAAGAUCUAAAGGAAGAAGAGAGCCGACGAAGAAGGUUCUUGGCUCAGUUUUCUGAUAGACGAGAAGUGAUUGAUGGCCAAGAGAUUGUAGCCGAUGCCAACCGUCAUCUUGAUAGUGACAGCGACAGUAUCUCAUCAAUUUCAUCAAUAUCAUCAACAUCAACAUCAACAGCAUAAACACAACUGACUCUACACCAUCACCUUUUAUUUAUCUCUUUUUUUUUAUAUUUUCUAAACACAAUGUAUAUGAACACAUUCAUACCCACCCUUUUUGCUUUAUUUUAUUAUUCAUAUAUAUAUAUAUAUAUAUAUAUUUAACAAUC